AUGUGCUUUGACAAGAAUAAAAUACCCAGCGACAAUGAUAAUAACAUUGAAGUGUUGCGCUCGAAAAUACGCAAUUAUGAAGAAUUGCUUACUGAACGUGACGCUCAAAUUAUAAAACUGGAGGCUUUGGUCCAAAAAUUAUCAUUGGAUAUGGAAAGACUUGCAUUACGCUUGAAAGAUUCUGAAAAAAAAGUUACUCAUCUACAAAGUCAAGUUGAAAAUCAAGAUGAUUCCAACUCACCACCAUUAUGCAAAAAAUGA